AUGAAUAUUAGUGAACAAGAAAAAGAAAGAUUACUAGAUAACAAACAAAGAUUAGAUCGACAAAAGGAAGCGAGAAUGGGGAGAAGAAGAAGUGAGUCGGGGAGUGACACUAGUUCAGACAAGAAUGUUGAAUUGUUGGAAUUGGAAGGUUUCCCUAUGAGAAACAAAAAUAUUAAUAAUAAUAAUAAUAAUAAUAACAAUAGUGAUAAUAAUACAACUACAGAUGAAGAAGAUCAAAAGAAAUUUAAAAAAAGAAAUAAUAAUAAUAAUAUUACCAAUACUACUACAGAUACUGAUGGUAGUGGUGGUGGAGGUGAAUUUAAUAGAAAUAAUAAUAAUAAUAACAAUCAAGGAGGAGAUGAUGAUACAGAAGGAGAAAAAAAGAAAAAGAAAAAAGGUGGAGGUGGAGGUGGAGGAGGAGGAAAGAAAAAAAAGAAAUGGGAAAUGCUUACACCAGAGGAAAGAAGAAUCAAAGAGGAAAGUCAAGAUGCUAAAUCAUUCUUUUCAAAUGAGAGAACCUUUUUGGGAUGGAUUGGAUUAACCUUUUCUCUUGGUGCUAUUGGUACUGCUAUCAUUACCUUUUUCGGUAGUGAAGGUGUUUCAUUGGGUACUGGUCUUUUCCUUUGGGCCACUGCUAUGCUCUUUAUGACCUAUGCAACCAUUCAAUUUAGACGUCGUGGUAAAGCCAUUCGAACUAAAACACAAGGUCCAUUUGAUGAUCAAAAGGGUCCUUUUGCUCUUGUCAUUAUGGUUAUGAUUGGUGUCACCAUCUAUCUUGUAUUCUUUGUUGCUAUACGUCCAGAAGCUAAUAUUGAUUUUAAUGGAAAUAAAGGAGUAGAAAGAGAAGAGAUAGAGACUUAUUUCAUACCUAGAGAAAAAGAGAUGGAUAGAUCAAAAAUGUUCCAAAUACAGAGAGCUAGUAUCAGUAUGAAUUCUCCGAUAUCGAUUGGAAGGCACAAAGAAAAGAUAAAAGUGUCGAUCGCAUAUCAACCACCACCUCCUGAAUGUAUUUAUGAUCAUCUAGUAUUAGUAGUUCAUGGUAUAGGAAAGCAUGAAGAAGAUUAUUUCGAGAUGAUUAGUAAAAUGAGUAAAAAGUUUGAUUCUAUAUUUAAUCCAACUGCUACUCCUUCAUCAUCUCAAACCAAUCUUGCAAAUAAUAAUAUUAAUAAUGGAUUUCCUACUCCUUCAACGACGGAACCAAUGAUUGGAAAAAAAAGAGUAAAAUUUGUAGCAAUCGAAUGGCAUGCUGCACUUCAAGAAAUGUUGGGGUCUUUAUUGUCAGAUGUUACACCUAAAGCUGUUGGAGGCAGUGGAUUGCCCAAGGGAGUAAGAUCGGCCAUCAACGAUACUUUUAUGGAUUAUGUCAUGUUUAAUAACCCAAUGUUUGCCAGUCGCAUCUAUGACGAGGUGACAAACCAACUAAACAUGGCACACAUGAACUUUAUACAAGAAUAUCCAUCUUUUAGAGGCAAGGUUAGCAUCUAUGCCCAUUCACUGGGAUCCGUCAUUUCAUAUGACAUUCUAGCCAACCAGACCAUAUCACUUACUCAGACAUCUGACAUUUCUCGCUUUGCCACUAGUCAAGACAGCAAUAUCUUUGGGUGGAAACAAGAACGUGCCGCUCAACUAUCACAAGAAAUCCAAAUCAAUGGGUAUGUGUUGCCAGAGAGUUUUAUUCAUCCCCACAGAGACAAGUUCCAACCACUCGGAUUCAAAGUCUACAAUUUCAUAAUGAUUGGGUCACCGGUUGGCAUCCUUUUUGGUCUAAGAAAAUAUAAAUACCUACCCAUACCACAAUGUGUUAAUAUGUACAAUAUCUACAAUAAUAGUGAUCCAGUAUCCUAUCUUGUAGAACCACUCAUACAUAAACAUUUUUCAACACUUCCCAUCAAAUAUAUUGCAACCAAACCGAAAAAAGAAAAAUCUCCCAACACUUCUACAAAUACCUCUACAAACACAUCACCUUGGAAUAGUCGUAAAGAUAAAGGCUCAUCUUUUAAAUUAAAUCAAAAUCAAAAUCAAAAUAAUAAUAAUAAUUCUCCACCAAGUUCAGAUGACGAACAACAAUUGGAUGAGAAUCAACAAAAUACACUAACUCGAGAGAUUUUCAAAAGAUUAUAUGAAAAAAAUGAAAAUCAAGAUCAACAACCAAUAGAAUUUAAUAAUAACAGCAACAGCAAUUAUAAUACAACUACUAAUAUAAAUAAUAAUAAUAAUGAUAAUCAAUUUUUUAAUGGAUAUAGAUUUGAUUAUAGUAUGACACCAAAAAGAUUUAAUAUUUCACAAUAUGCAACAAUGCUUACAUCGCAUUCAGAUUAUUGGUUAAAUCAACAAGUAUUAUAUUUUUUAGGUAAUUCCCUAAAUAAUAAAAUAUUGUAA